ACUUUGAACGCCACAUUUCCCUGUAGUUUUGGUCAGGGAGGUUCCCUCAAGGACGUGUUUUCUUCGGCGUUUCCACGAAUAAAGUCACGAGUGUAGGAACAUGGCUGAUCUGAAUGAUGAUGGUGACACUGUGGAUGCCGUCAAACUCUCUGAGAAGGGGACAGAUGCAGCAGCCACAGGCAGUAACAAGACUGCUAAUCAAGUGGAAAGUGAAAGCAUCUCUGACCCUUACCGAUACAAGAUGGACUAUCCCAGCAUUGGAACCUGUGUGAUUAUCAACAAUAAGAACUUUGACAGAACCACAGGGAUGAAGGACCGUAAUGGGACAGAUGUUGAUGCAGCCAUUGUUAUGAAGACCUUCACUGGUCUGGGAUACAACAUCAGAGUGGCCAAUGACCAGACAGUGAGGCAGAUGAAACAACUGCUGUGCAGUGUUUCCCAGGAGGACCACAGUAACAGUGCGUCUUUUGUGUGUGUGUUGCUCAGUCAUGGAGAUGAGGGGGUGAUUUAUGGCACAGACGGCUGUGAAAGGAUAGACAUCCUGACAAAUUACUUUAAAGGGAAACGCUGUAUAAGUCUGGUGGGGAAACCAAAGCUUUUCUUCAUACAGGCAUGCCGUGGUUCAGCCCUGGAUGAAGGAGCCUUAGUUGAGACCGACAGUGUAGAUGACCAAACGUCAGAGAGGAUUCCUGUGGAGGCAGAUUUCCUUUAUGCUUAUUCCACUGCUCCAGGCUACUACUCGUGGAGAAACACAAGCAACGGCUCCUGGUUCAUACAGUCCCUGUGCGACAUGAUGCUGCAAUACUGUGGAAAGCUGGAGCUGAUGCAGAUCAUGACCCGAGUCAACAGCAAGGUGGCGCUACACUUUGAGUCUUCCUGCAACCUACCUGGAUUUAGUGGCAAGAAGCAGAUUCCUUGCAUUGUCUCAAUGUUGACCAAAGACUUUUACUUUCCCUCAUAGAUUUUUUUAUCCUUUUUUUAACCAGCCUGUAAGAGAUAACACAUUAACGUAAAUAUUGUUUAUUUAAGUUAAUGUUUUAUUGAAGCAGAAUACCAUUCAUUUGACUUUGUCCUAUCAUGUCGCUACAUUUAGAAUCCAAAUGCACCACCAACAUAAGGAUAAAAGGGAACAUUUUAAUUUGAUUUCAAUAUAUAAAUACUGUAUGUGCUUUACUGUAUAUUUAUCAUAUUGGUAAAUACCUAGUUUAACUCAUACAGGCUCACUUUGAAUUAUCAACACUGUAAUUCCUUGUGGCUGUCACUCACAGUUCUGUGUUUCUCAACAGGCCAACAUGAGAAAAUAUGUCUUUGAUUUUCUUUUUGGCGUUUGAACCUUGUCUUACAUGAAAUUUUAGGGUUAAAGCCUACAGAGAAUGCUGUUGCUAUGUCCAUUAAAUUGCUGAAACAAAAAAAGGAAUAAAAAGUGUUGUAGAAA